CUUAGGUUGAAACCAUUACAACACGCAUGAUGUAACCAUACAUUAAUUAAAACACUUGUAAACUUCUGAAUUUGGUAACAAUAAUCACAGGCCCUAAAUAACAAACGUUAAACAUUAAUCUCUAUACUCUAUGAUUUCAGUGUUGUCCAAAGCCACUAUCUAAACAUUUUUAAAAAGUUAUAGGAAAAUAACAAAAAUGGCUGAGGAACAGGAGGUGAUUCAAAUAGAAGUGCUGUGUAAACAGCUGUACGAGUCCCAGGACCCCGCGGUGCGAGAUCAGGCGGAGAAGGCUGUGGUUGCUUUCCAGGAGUCUCCAGACACAUUAAGCAAAUGCCAGGCGUUGCUGGAACGCGCCGACUCUAGCUACUCGCAGCUACUCGCUGCUACCACAUUAGCCAAGCUUAUAAACAGAUCCACGACCAGUCUGUCAAUACAGCAGAGGCUGGAUAUAAGGAACUAUGUUCUCAAUUACCUCGCAACAAGGCCCAAACUCGCCAAUUUUGUUAUUCAGUCCCUGGUGUCACUGUUCGCUCGCAUCACCAAGCUGAGCUGGUUCGACAUGCUCAAAGAAGAGUUUGUGUUCCACAACGUCAUGAAUGAUGUCGGUACAUUCCUACAGGGUCCAGCGGAAAUGUGCACAGUGGGUGUCCAACUUCUGUCACAGUUGGUCGUUGAAAUGAAUCAAGUCACAGAGGCAGAUGCCAACAGAUCGCUGGCCAAACACAGGAAGAUAGCUUCUUCGUUCAGAGACACGCAGCUAUUCGAAAUGUUCCGUCUCGCUUGCUCGCUGCUCGGCACCGCGCGAGUGAAGCCGCUAGACUUGAGCGACGAGUGUCAGCACUCUUUAAUAGCUUCUCUAUUGAGACUCGCACAUAAUUGUUUGACUUUCGACUUCAUCGGGACCACGAGUGAUGAGUGUUCCGACGAUUUGUGUACUGUCCAGAUCCCCACGUCGUGGCGUCCCACAUUCCUCGAAUCGAGCACAUUGGAUUUAUUCUUCGAGUUAUAUCACUUACUAGGGGGUGGUUUAGCAUCCCUUUCACUCGCCUGUCUCGUCCAACUAGCUUCCGUACGAAGAUCUCUGUUCAGCAACAAUGAAAGAGCCAAGUUCCUAACAAGACUGUGCGCAGGAGUGCUGAGGAUACUUGAGAAUACGCAGGGUUUAUCAGACCUCACGAAUUACCACGAGUUUUGCCGACUGCUCGCUCGCCUCAAGUCCAACUACCAGCUCGGGGAGCUCGUGAUGGUGGACAACUAUCCGAGGUUGGUCGAACUCAUCGCCAAGUUCACAGUGCAGAGUUUACAGAUGUGGCAGUUCGCCCCGAACUCUGUCCACUAUCUCCUGUCGCUAUGGCAACGCAUGGUGGCUUCAGUGCCAUACGUGAAGGCGUCGGAGCCCCAUCUGCUGGAGACUUACGCUCCCGGCGUGACGGCUGCGUAUAUAGGCUCCAGGCUGGACUCUGUGGCCUGCGUAUUGACGGAUGGCUUAGAAGAUCCACUGGACGACACGGGGACAGUUCAACAACAGUUGGAACAGUUGUCCGUGAUAGGCCGAUGCGAGUACGGAAAGACUUGUCAGCUUUUAGUGGCACAUUUGGAUAGAGCCGCGGCAGCUUAUAGUGUGGAGACUCAGCCGCAGAGAUUGCUUGUGUUACAUGGUCAACUAACCUGGUUGGUAUACAUAAUCGGUGCUGCGAUAGGCGGUCGCGCUUCAGUCAACACUUGCGACGAAAACGACGCCAUGGACGGAGAGCUGGUCUGCAGAGUUUUACAGCUGAUGGAUCUCACCGACUCCAGGCUGGCUAGGGGUGGUUGCGAAAAGUUGGAGUUGGCUAUGAUGUCUUUCUUCGAGCAUUUCCGCAAGAUUUAUGUCGGCGAGCAAGUGCAGAAGAACAGUAAAGUGUACCGGAGACUGAGCGAAGUGUUGGGACUCAACGAUGAGUCGCAGCUGCUGAGUGUGCUCAUGAGGAAGAUAAUAACCAACCUCAAGUACUGGGGUGGCAGCGAGCAAAUAAUAGCGAAAACGCUCGGCCUUUUAAGCGAUCUCAGCGGUGGUUACUCGUGCGUGAGGAAACUGGUCAAACUGGAGGAGACGCAGUUCAUGCUCACCCAUCAUACGGCGGAACACUUCCCCUUUCUGGGUAUAUCCGGUGUAGGCACAUCGGAAAUGCGAUGUCGAACUAUGUUAUAUACUGCUCUAGGCAGAUUGUUGAUGGUCGAGCUAGGAGAGGACGAGGAGAGAUUCCACGCAUUCAUGAUGCCCGUCACAGCCGCUAUGGAGAGUAUAAUAGGCCUCCUGGGGUCACCAGAGAGUCCAAUAUUCACAUCUGAGGAUGCCAAGAAGACGCUCAUUGGCUUAGCCAGAGAUCUCAGAGGAUUGGCGUUUGCUUUCAACACGAAGACAACGUAUAUGAUGCUGUUUGAUUGGAUAUAUCCUGUAUACAUGAAAGUAUUAAUCCGAGGCAUAGAAGUAUGGUAUUCAGAACCUUCAGUAACAACUCCUGUAUUGAAACUGACCGCUGAAUUGGCCCAGAACAGGAAUCAACGGUUACAGUUUGACGUGAGCUCACCGAAUGGAAUACUGCUGUUUAGGGAAUUGUCUGCUAUUAUAUGCGCUUAUGGCAGCCGCAUUUUAACAGUGGAAGUUAGCAAGAAACAAAUGUACGCGAUGAAGUUGAAAGGCAUCUCUCUCUGUUUCUCCAUACUGAGGGCAGCUCUAUGCGGCAACUACGCCAACUUCGGAGUGUUCAGGUUAUAUGGCGAUGAGGCUUUAGACAACGCACUAAAUAUGUUCGUCAAGUUAUUACUUAGUAUACAACAGAGCGAUCUAUUGGAUUAUCCAAAACUGUCUCAGACGUACUACGUAUUACUGGAGAGGUUAGCACAAGACCACAUGCCUUUCUUAGCGUCGUUACAUUCCGACGCCACCCUGUAUAUACUGUCCUCCAUAUCAGAGGGACUUACGGCAUUAGAUACAAGUGUAUGCACGGGUUGCUGUGGAACCCUGGACCACAUAGUUACACAUCUAUUUAAGCAAUUAGUACAGAAAUCUAGUAACAAGGCAUCGAACCCGCGCCAGCCCCCUCCAACCACUAGCAACAUGUUCAUAGAAGUUCUACAGAGGCGUCCGGAGAUCAUGCAACAAUUAUUGGCUACGGUUUUGAACGUGAUCAUGUUCGAAGACUGCUGCAACCAAUGGUCCAUGUCUCGACCCUUAUUAGGGCUGAUUCUCCUCAACGAGGAGCAGUUCUCCCGCAUCAGGGCGGAGAUGAUCGCGCAACAGCCGCGCGACAAACAACCGCAGCUGGCGCAGUGGUUCACCGCCCUUAUGGCGGGGAUAGAACCCACGCUACUCACUAAGAAUAGAGAUAGAUUCACACAAAACCUGUCUAUAUUCAGGCGGGACAUAAACGACUUACUUAAAGGCGCCACCGUCAACACCGCGUCAGUCAACGACAUGAUGACGUCAUAACUAUCCCGACUUCACGUUUGAACUGAAGCAAGCGAGUAUCGCACGCAAGUAUAGAAGUUAGCGGCUAAAGUCGCGUGAAAGUCUAAAUUCGAUCCGCCUUAUUGUAAAAUGUUGACUUAAGUUAAACCUGGGGGAGUACCGCCUAUCGGUAUUGCUAUAGCUAUAGCAUAUGAUUUUAUUUUUUUAUUUGUGACUGCCGAAGUUUGUUUUUGCAUUGGCAAUUACAAUAUUAAAGGAAAUGAGCGCGAGGUAUUUGAAGACAGAUAUAACAAAAUGAAGUCAUAAGAUAUCCCGCUAGGCUUCUUGGAUUAAUACUGAUGCUGCCACUUUUGUUUGCUAAAAAGAUGACAGAGACAACAUUAGGUUUAAACCAAGACUAACUUUAGUCCGCGAUUUAGAAUAAGGUGGUAUGUGUGCACGCAAAAAUCGCACGCAAACACAAGACAUUAGCGGUUACAAUCGCGUCGUCAAAAAAGGUUGUUUUGUGAGAGAUCUGUGCUAGUUUUGGAAGUACUUUUUAUGGGGAAUUGAGGAUCCGUAACGAUUUU